GGCUGGUCUCUCCUGGUCCACAUGUAGAGAGAGGUGGCCGCCGCAUAAUACCACAAAUUUGUUAAGUUUACCUCCUUACAGACUACAUAACAUCUUUAAUUGGCUACCAGGAUGCCACCCAAGAAAGGCAAGAAGGGUAAGAACAAGGGAGAUUGGGGCUCUGAUGCGGAGGAAGAGAAGAAAGUAACGGGUAAUGUACAGGACAGUGAAGAGGAAAGUGUGACAGCUGUACAGAAGAAAAAUAAAAAGAAGAAAGGAAAGAAUAAAAAUGAGAUAAGUGAUGAUGAGGAACUAGUGAAGAGCCAACUAGUGGAAGUAGAUGAUAAGAAGAAAGGUAAGAAGAAGAAAGGUAGAACCAAGAAUGAUGUGAGUGAUGAGGAAGAUAAUGUUAAGACACCAGCCAUAGACAUGGAAGAGAAGAAGGGAAAGAAGAAGAAAGGAAAGGGGAAGAACGACGUAAGUGAUGAUGAAGACGAACCACCUGUGAGUAAAAAGAACGAAGCAAUGCACAAGAAGGGGAAAAAGAAGAAAGGAAAAGGGAAAGGAGAAGACUGGAGCGAGGAAGAUAAGGCGAAGAACGACGUAAGUGAUGAUGAAGACGAACCACCUGUGAGUAAAAAGAACGAAGCAAUGCAGAAGAAGGGGAAAAAGAAGAAAGGAAAAGGGAAAGGAGAAGACUGGAGCGAGGAAGAUAAGGCGAAGAACGACGUAAGCGAUGAUGAAGACGAACCACCUGUGAGUAAAAAGAACGAAGCAAUGCAGAAGAAGGGGAAAAAGAAGAAAGGAAAAGGGAAAGGAGAAGACUGGAGCGAGGAAGAUAAGGCGAAGAACGACGUAAGUGAUGAUGAAGACGAACCACCUGUGAGUAAAAAGAACGAAGCAAUGCAGAAGAAGGGGAAAAAGAAGAAAGGAAAAGGGAAAGGAGAAGACUGGAGCGAGGAAGACAAGGUAGUCGAAGACAUCACAAACCCUGCCGGCGAAAGUGACGAAGAAACCACCAAAGAGAAAGUGACAAUUAAACACAUGAAGAAGAAGAAAGAUAAGAAGAAGAAGGGGAAGAAAGACGAUUGGUCCGAUGAUGACGAGGAUGUACUGGCGGAUAAGAUGAUAAACAUGGACUUGGAAGACGGAACCGAUGACGAGAUGUCUAAACAGAUGGACUUCAAAGCAAAACAGAAGAAAAAGAAAGAAAGAAAGAAGAUUCAGGAGGAAGAGGAGGACGAAGAGGCUGACGCAGAAGACGAAGACAUGGAAGAGGAAGAAGAAGAGAAGGAAAAGGAAGUGGAGGUGGUGAAGAAAAAAGAGGAAGUAGCAAAGAUGGAAGAGGAAGUAGCAAAGAAGAAAGAGGAAAUGGAAGUAGUGGAAGAGAAGAAACCAGAAGAUGUAGAUAGAGAGGAAGUAGAGGAGAAACCUAAUAGCGGAAAAGAGAAACAGAAGGAAGAGGAGAAGGUAACAACACCCGAGCCUAUGGAGGUGACGACGACCCCCUCACCACCCCCGCCGGCCCAGGUCUUGGCCUCACCCCCGGCAGAGGAGUCCGAAGAAGAGGAAGAGGAGGAGAGUGAAGAAAUGAAGUUAAAGAAGAAACGUCUGGCAGAAAAAGAAGCAUUAAAGAAGUUGUCGCACAAGGAGAGGAAGAAGAUAAAGCAACAGUUGGAGUACGAGAGACAAAUGGAAGCCAUGUUGAAAAAGGGAGGACACGGCUCCUCUGCCCUUGAUGACACAUUCUCUGUCUCCCAGGCAGAAAAAUCUGAUAAACAGCAAUCACAGUUAGAAAAUGCUGUGGACAUUAAGAUUGAGAACUUCAGUAUAUCAGCCAAGGGCAAGGCACUGUUCACAAAUGCUUCACUCAUGAUUGCAAAUGGGCGAAGAUAUGGUCUGGUUGGUCCUAAUGGCCAUGGCAAGACCACUCUACUACGUCACAUACAGUCCAGGGCUCUCAACAUUCCUCCAAAUAUCGAUGUUCUUUACUGUGAACAGGAGGUAAUCGCCGACGACACUCGAGCCAUUGAUGUCGUCCUCCAAGCGGACAAGAAACGCAGUGAUCUUCUGAAGGAGAAAGACGAACAUGAGGGAAACAUGAAGAAGAAAAACAAAGAGGUGGAUAUGGAUCGUUUACAAGAUGUUUACGAUGAGCUGAAGGCUAUUGGAGCAGAUAAGGCAGAGCCCAAGGCCAGGAGGAUUUUGGCCGGUCUUGGGUUUACCCGUGAGAUGCAGGGCAGAGCGACCAAGAACUUCUCAGGCGGUUGGAGAAUGAGAGUGUCCCUAGCCCGCGCCCUCUUCAUGGAACCAACUCUGCUCAUGCUUGACGAACCUACCAACCAUCUGGACUUGAACGCCGUCAUUUGGUUAGACAAUUAUCUGCAGGGUUGGAAGAAAACUCUUUUGGUUGUUUCCCACGACCAGUCCUUCCUUGACAAUGUGUGUACCGAUGUUAUCCACUUAGACAUGCACAAACUACAAUAUUACAAGGGCAAUUACUCCAUGUUUAAGAAGAUGUUGGUUCAAAAGAGAAAAGAGCAGAUAAAGGCGUACGAAAAGCAGGAGAAGCGAAUCAAGGAUAUGAAAGCCUCCGGUGCCUCAAAGAAACAAGCUGAAAAGAAAACCAAGGAAGUGCUCACUCGUAAGCAGGAGAAGAAUCGUGCCAAAAACAAGAAAGAGGAGAAAGAAAACGGACCCACUGAGUUACUUGAAAAACCUCAAGAAUACAUUGUCAAAUUCAACUUCCCAGAGCCUCCACCCCUGCAGCCCCCAAUUCUGGGAUUGUAUAAUGUUAGCUUUAACUAUGAUGGUCAUAAGCCACUUUUUAAGAAAGUUGAUUUUGGUAUAGACAUGGAUUGUCGGAUAGCAAUUGUUGGUCCAAAUGGUGUAGGAAAAUCAACAUUCUUGAAGUUGUUAUUAGGCGAACUGUCCCCGACCAUAGGAGAAUUACGGAAAAAUCACCGUGUGAAGAUUGGUAGGUACGAUCAGCACUCCGGAGAACACCUGACUGCAGAAGAGUCUCCAUCUGAAUAUCUAAUGAGACUUUUUAAUCUUCAGUACGAGAAGGCCAGGAAAGCCCUCGGCACAUUUGGUCUUGCCUCUCACGCACACACCAUUAAGAAUAAGGAUCUCUCGGGAGGCCAGAAGGCACGAGUGGCUCUGGCUGAACUUUGUCUGUCUUCUCCUGAUGUUCUGAUUCUUGAUGAACCCACCAACAACUUGGACAUUGAAAGUAUCGACGCCCUUGCCGAGGCCAUCUCGGAGUACAAAGGCGGCGUGAUCAUUGUCUCUCACGACGAGCGCUUGAUCCGAGACACCAACUGUAACCUGUGGGUCAUAGAAGAGCAGACUAUUAAUGAAAUCGACGGAGGCUUUGAUGAAUACCGUAAAGAGCUGUUGGAGGAGCUCGGUGAGGAGAUCAACAACCCAAGUAUUUCUGCUCAUGCUGCUGCUGAUCUGUAAAUUUUUGGUAUUGUACACAUGCUCAUUAUAUUCAUUUUUAUAUAGUUAUUUAGUCUUCACACACACACACACACACAGACACACAUAUAUAUAUAUAUAUAUAUAUAUUGGUCUUUUGCUUCUGGUUAUGGCUAAAAACCAAGUAUCUCAUUGUAACAAGAGUACCUGCUAUGUCUGAAUUUUAUUUUAUUGCCCACUAGGAAAAUAUUCAUUACUUAAGACUCCACCAACCUAGGAGAUUUGGGAUGAACCACUUGUGGAGAGCCAGUUAUAAUGGAUAGUUAGAGCAGUACAGCUUCGAAAUUACAUACAGUACAUAAAAUUUUAGUAAAGCACAUUAUUGUACCUUUAUGAAACUUUACUUCAUAAACAAAAAUUAACAAGCUUUCCUUUAAGAAACUACAUUGCCUUUUGUGCCAGCAUUCUACCACUCACACUCAUGCUGUGGGCGGUAAGUACGUACAAACAUAUCCAACGUCUUCGAUCUUGGUAAUGCUUUCUUGCUCCUCCUUGACAUAGGUGUUUGUUAGUUAGGAUAAAUCUUCAAAUUAGUUUGCUUGUGUAUGUCAUCGCUUUUCUUUAUUCUCCGAUGCUGAAGUUAACAUAGUACAGUAAUGUUAUGGCUCUCUUCAGUUUGAUGGUUAACACGUCACAUUUUAUCUCCCGUACUUUCACUUUUGAUAAUGGGGAAGACAGUAGGGGCAGUUCUCAUUGUCCAUUGCCCCAGUGUUAAUUUUUUCAUUAACUGUUCAUUUGAAAAGAAAGUUGAUAGUUAAAUUAUAAUUGACAAAAGGCCCCAUCCUUUUCAGGAUAGUUUACCCAAGUGUGUGACAGUAAUGGGUGUUGUGUAGUCCUGCAUACAAUAGUUCAUUGUACAAUGUAAUUCGUCCGUUUCACUUUUAUCGUUAAAUAAUAUUCAAUUAAAUUUAAUUAUAGACUACUGUAUUUUGUAUUUAGAUUAUUUGUAAAAUCUUCACCAACAUCUUUACUACUUGAAAAGUAAAUACAGGUAUAUAUCAUUGCAGAAUAUUAAGUAAAUUCAAUAAAUUCUUUCAGACAAAUGUGCAGAAUCAGACAUUUUCAUGUUUUAAACACAAAUGUGCCAGCCCUGCUGUGCCUCAUGUUGGGUUACCAUUUUUUUUUUUUUUGCAUUAAAGUGCCCUCCAUUUUUAGAUUAUGGCCUCUUUAAUUAUUCGGUAAGUGAUAGUGGUGCACCGUGAAGAGGAGCAACAUAACACCUGAAGAUCAGAGCCUAUAUAUAAUCAGUGUAAACAAUUUUUACCUGGGAGUGCUGUGAUACAAGCCCAGACCACCAAGGGCAUGGAGUCCUUGAGUUGCAAUUAGUAGCUAAGGAUGGGUAGCUUUUAGUCCAUCGUGGUCCAGUGGAUGACUGGGUUCAAAUCCCGGCACUUGAGGUGAAAAUUUUUUAUAUUUGUGUCAGCUUCCAGACCAUCACUAGUAAAUGUUACAUGUCAAUUACUGCCAAGAUGCAUUUUGUAAGAUGUUAUUGUAAAAACACCGAGUGAAAUUAGAUACAGAUACAAUUGUUGGGACACAUCUUCCAUGUAUUAGAUGAAAGUCAAUGGGGGUAGUCGACCCCUUCAUUCAUCAUUUUGAUUUUAAUUGUGGUCCUCAGGAGUUCAUCCCCAAGGUAUAGCGAGGACUCACUGUACCGAGUGUUUGGAAGCUGACGUGUUGAUUUAGUGAUAUAAACAUCAGAAAAUUGGAUAAAGUCACAAAUGUAACAAGAGUCUAUUGCUUACCUCAGGAGAUAUAAUAUGCGGACUGAGUGUAUGCCAACCAACAAUCUGCUGUAUUCCAUCUUAUUGUUGAUUGACUGGUCUGAAGCACCCAGUUUUCACUGCCUCACAAUGGACUGUGAUCAACUUUGCUAUGUAUCUGAUGUGAUAUACGUGUGACCACUGACCCCACGGGUAGUCUGUUUUGGUCUGUGGAUUUUUUUGCAAAAUUGCGUUUACUUUUGAGAUGGGUGAAAUAUGUGGAUAGGUGACAAUUUCAGUUACUUAGAGAUGACGAUUGUAGCAAGUCUAUUGUAUUAUUGUACUGUACAUUCAAAUCACAUUUUUGCUCUCCUUUUGUUCCCAAUAAGAAACUAUUAUUGAUUAUUUUUAAUAAUGUACUAUCAUGCCUCUUUUAACGAAGCCUCGGCCAAUGGAAUUUCAUUUAACGGAUAAGAAAAAAUAUGCAUUUAAUAAGUACUGUAUAGUAUAGCAUCAUUCAAGAGACAUUCAAGAGAAAAAAUAAAAGCAAGUGGUGAAAAAGAACAAAAAAUAAAAUCCACCACUAUCUUUAUUGCUUACAUUCUCUAAGCCAAUCAGCCAUCGUCUCAAAUGUAUACAGUAGCCCGCCAAGAUUCAUAUCGGUUGUGUCACGGUAGGUCUUUUCAUACUCACUAUUUACGUGUGUCUUAUGAACGUAUUGUCCAUUAUGUCUUGUAAAUGGCCUGCAAGUGAGUGUAUUGGUAAACCAGCCUAGGUGCCCAGGAAAGUCUUCCCAUGAGCUGUCUCUUGUCUCCCACCACUGCCAGAAAGAAGGAGUAGGUGCUCAGUAGGAGAGAGGGGCAGUGGUGGUAAACCACACAGCAAGCUCUGAAAAAUUAACUAGUUAGUGUUAUUAAAUUUAGUUUUAUUUAUUAUUGACGUUGUCAAAGUCUUCAUUUGAAUGUACAAAGUUAAGCAAUACAGGUUAGAACCUCGCUAAAAUGGUUAAUGUCACAUGCUUAUGUUUUGCAACAUUACAACCACUUCCACUGCUUGCUGGUCUCUUAGGAAGCAUAUUUUGGGGGUAAAUUAUAAGUAUUUAAAGGUAAAAUAGUGGCAACAGCCACUUGAAGUGUGCUAUGACACCGUCCCGAACCAUCGAAGCUGCCAAACUCGGGUCCUGGAUUAGCGGGGUUUAGCCUGUAUCACCUGUACUGAUUGCGAGAGCCAUAUUUGGUGUUUUAUUAUUAUUGUGCUGGAGGUGUUUUUUUGCUUGCUUCUUAAUAUUUACAGUACUGUAUUGUAUUCUUCGUACAGAGUCGGCGGUGGAAAAUCAUAUAUGUAUUUCUAACUAACUGCAACUUUUUUCUAAUGUUUAAGACCUAUUUUGGCAUGCAUAAUCACUAUUUAGUCAUUCUGUAUGUAAAUAGUAGUAUUUAAAGGCAUUUAUUUAUCAGUUCAAUUAAUUUUGCUAUUAAACAAGAACGCAUCUCCAUAAGCACCAUGUUAGAAUGACCUCUUAACGGAUAUUUUGCUCAGCAAACCCGCCUUAAGAAUGUAUCUUGUCUGUUAUAAGAGGCAUGAUAGUACGGUACUGUAUGUUUAUAUGUUAAUUAGAACUAUGGAUAAUCAGUUUCAGAGGUCACUAGAGACUGUAGUGAUAUUUCUGUUUGUAUUAUGAGUGAAGAAAUACUUAAUAGUGCAUCAAGUAUUCAAAAUGUCCAACAACUGUAUCACUUAUCAAGCUUUCAGUUUACAAAAUCAUAGAAAAUAAAAAAGUUAUUGAAGAGGUUUUUAAGUAUUGAUAAGAUUACAUGACAUGGUAUUAAGACAGUUAAGUGGAGUUGUGGUUUCAGAGACAGCAGUGGCAUUGAUUACUAUCCAUCUUCUGUUUAUGGAACUUCUAUACUGAAUGUGUCUGUAGAUAAUAAACUUAAUAUUUA